UAAACGCAUAGACCGCCGGUCUUGCGCUUAAAACCGUGUUUUUUGGAAAGUAUGGGCAAACAAUGUGCGAAGCAACGGAUGGCAGCGCGUCCAGUGCGCAUUAAGCGGAACGCCCUUACAUUGCCUGUAUUUGUUUACAUGUGCUCCCAAAAUGCGUCCAUCCCUUUCGCUUUUUUUGUACUGCUAACUCUUCUUUUCAGACGUUGCAACUGCAUUGGUUUGAAUUCCUAGGGACCAGAUUAAGUAAAUAGAAGCGUUUUACAAUCGAAAAAAAAAUGGCUUCAUAGAAUUUUAUGCCUGGAAUUCUUCAACUGUGCGUCAAUUCCCUAUACUGAGGGGUGAAUUUGCCCAUAGUUUUGAUUUUAGUUGGGUGCCGCGCAGAUCAAACUGGCGGGCAACUGGCGGGCAAACACCUUUUAUCUCCAAAUAUUUUUACAUUUUGAAACAAUAUGAAUUGAUUCCACGCGGCAAAACAUCUCUCAAGGAAUAUAUGGAUAGACAAACCAACUUGUAUUUAAGAAAUGCAUUCUUAAAUACUUGGUCUUUUCUUCCCAUCAGAUGUGCCAACGCUGGAAACCACAUGAGCAAAGGCCGGCCCAGCUUUGCCUAUGGAAGCUCCAAGAUGAGGGUCAUUGCACUUACCCGAGUCCAAGCUGCGGACACAGCCGAGGACAAGACAAACAAAGACGUUCUCAUGACCUGUUGCUGUCCAGGCUACGUAAGCACCGACAUGUCCAGCUUCAAGGGAACAAAAACGAUUGACGAGGGCGCCAUCACGCCGGUCUACUGUGCCCUGCUACCGCCAGGCUCCGCUGAAUUCAACGGCAAGAUGUUCAGCGACAAGGAACUGUACGAGUUCUGGUAGAGGCCAAAACUUGAGGGGCCCCAAGAGAUCAACACAUCAUAACCCCCCUGCAGGAGAAGACGCCCUCUGUUUACAUGCCUACCACGUCCCGUUCUGGAUUGUGCAAUUUG